AUACAGAGUUUCAUUGACAAGCUGGUCAGACAUUUUGGGAAAAGUCGUGGUUUCUAUAAAAGAACAAAAAAAAGUACUUAAAAUACGGAAGAUGACGACAGAAUUAGCUUUAAAAGAACGCGGCCAUUUGUACAAAAACAAAGGAAAAGAUGCUGAUGAAAUGCGUAGAAGAAGAACUGAGGUUACAGUUGAACUUCGCAAGAACAAAAGAGAGGAGCACAUGUUAAAACGCAGAAAUGUUCCAUUAACUGCCGACAGUACUGACAGUGACGAUAGUGAGCGACCCUCGACCCAGUCUUUGCAAGAUAUUGUCCAGAAUGCAUACAGCUCUGAACCAGCAGUGCAACUGAAUGCUGUUCAGGCAGCUAGAAAAUUAUUGUCCAGUGACAGGAAUCCACCUAUUGAUGACCUGAUUGCAUCUGGUAUACUACCCAUACUUGUAGAUUGCUUGACGAAAGAAGACGAUGACCCAUCAAGGCCAUCACUACAGUUUGAAGCAGCAUGGGCAUUAACAAAUAUAGCAUCUGGCACAUCAGCACAAACAAGGGCAGUUGUUGAAGCAGGUGCUGUGCCUCAUUUUCUAAGACUUUUACAGUCUGACCAGCAGAAUGUUCAAGAACAGGCAGUUUGGGCUCUUGGUAAUAUUAUAGGUGAUGGGCCUCAGUGCAGAGACUAUGUUAUCAGUCUGGGAGCUGUGAAACCUUUGCUGGAAUUUAUCAACCCUAAUAUACCACUCCCAUUCUUACGUAACGUGGCUUGGGUAAUUGUAAACUUGUGUCGGAACAAGGAUCCCCCACCACCUGUUGAUACCAUACAAGAAAUUCUACCCGCGCUUUGUGUGCUUAUUCACCAUCAAGAUAUAAAUAUUCUUGUCGACACUGUAUGGGCACUGUCUUACCUUACUGACGGUGGCAAUGAGCAAAUACAAAUGGUGAUAGACUCUGGUGUUGUACCUUUCUUAGUGCCUCUUUUAAGUCAUGUUGAUGUAAAAGUUCAGACAGCGGCAUUAAGAGCUGUGGGGAAUAUAGUAACAGGCACAGACGAACAGACGCAAACAGUCCUAGCAUGUGACGCACUUUCACAUUUCCCUUCUCUUCUUACACAUUCAAAAGAAAAAAUAAAUAAGGAGGCAGUGUGGUUCUUGUCCAAUAUCACAGCCGGCAACAUGACGCAGGUUCAAGCUGUGAUAGACGCAGGUCUUAUACCAAUGAUAAUUCAUCAUCUCUCAAAGGGAGAUUUUCAGACCCAAAAGGAAGCAGCAUGGGCAAUAAGUAAUUUAACAAUAAGCGGGAAAACAGAACAGGUGAGUAAGGUGGAAUACGUUGUACAGUGUGGAGUAAUACAGCCAUUCUGUAACUUGUUAAGUGUGAAGGACACACAGGUGGUAAAUGUAGUGUUAGAUGGUAUCAACAAUAUUCUAAAGAUGGCUGGAGAUGAGUCUAACAGUAUAGGUCAACUUAUUGAAGAAUGUGGAGGCUUGGAUAAAAUAGAAAAUUUACAAAAUCACGAAAACGAAGAAAUCUAUAAUCUAGCCUACCAAAUUAUAGAUCAGUAUUUCUCAGCAGAUACUGAAGAAGAUCCCUCGUUAAUGCCAGAGGUGAGUACAGAAGGUUACCAGUUUGAUCCGGCACAGUCUAUACCAAAGGAAGGUUUUAAUUUCUGACUAGAGGACAGUCACGAUGUAGGCAAUGUGGUAGAAAUUUCUAGUGACUCACUUCAGAAUCCUGCAGCCAUAUGUGAUACACUGGUUAACCAGUCCAUUCUUUUACCAGAUGGUGACAGCUCUAAUCAAUUAUCUGUGAAAGACGAUAUUUGUAGCAACGCUUCCACUUGCGGAUCGGAACGCUCUGCAAAUCAUUUAAACAGUUGUAGCUCUUCGGAAACUCGCUCCAGUAGCGUCGACAUUAAUCAAAUCAUGGACGAAAAUGAAAAUUUCGAGAAUGUUCCAUCAUCGGCAAGAGUUUUCUGGGGUGAAAGGUCAGGCGAGCAGUCAUCUGAUGGCAGCCACGUCAGAAGUUUACAGAAUAGUGAACAGCCAGAAGCUGACCAUUUAGAUCACGCGUAUAUCCGAGGAAACUUUUCCAAUGAUCCAGACCUACUGACCUGGUAUUGUCUAGGCACAUGCUAAUUUUGUGCACUAAUGUCCGAAAGAAGAGUUAAAAUCAUAAUUGGGAUUUUUAAUAAUACCUGAUAGUUGUUGGCCAAGUUUCCCCUAGCUAAAGGAUUUCAUGCAUUGAAUAUAAAGAAUUGCUUAAAAAUCCACUUUUCUUAGAGUUGAUGAAUAUGAAAAGAUGUCGUAUAAUAUUAUUUUAUUUGGUCGGCAACUGGAUAACGCCAUCCUGUAGGACUGUUCAUAAGCAAAUUUCCUCGAACCCCAGUCAUACUUGCAUGUAUGCUUUUCUAAAUCAGUUAUAGAUCUCUAUAUAUGUAUAUGUCUUUGAAAUAAAGUAUCACAUUUCAUGGCUAUUUGAUAAGAAAUAUCGCAAUUUAUCUAACAGUUAAAUUUGUGUGUACAACAACAGUCAUCAUGUGAAAUAAAAUUUAUCUUUUAUAGGUACAUGAUUAUUUUAUUUUUACUUACAUGUGGACAUUGGUAUAAACAGCUUUCCUGAAGGUUUUUUGCGAUAUGAACAUUUUGGAGCUGUUAAGUUUAUUGUUUUAAAAUCAGUUUGAAAAUUUAUUUUUUAACAAAACGCAAUUUAUUUUUUUUUCAGUUUAAUUUUUUAAAAAGAAUGAUCUAAAAGAGGUUACUUUUCUGAAAUGUAAGAGAGAUAACUUUGGGGAGGAACGAGAGAAAUGGUGUGAAGAUAUUUCAGAAAUCCUUAGCGUAUUUUUUUUUUCUAGGAGAAAACAUUUCUUCAUGGUGGGAGAAAAGGUGAGAUAGUACAGUAAGAUAGAGGGAGGGAGAGUGAGGGGAGAGGAAAAUCAGUAUUAUAUUUGUCAGGCAGA